CUCGCAGCCCCCAGCGAUCAUUCCAGCAGUUCCAGCGCUGUGGCAGAAGGUGUCGCAUGAGCCAAUUACAGAGGGAUGCCAUCCAAUCCUGCUCUUGCCCACAUUAGCGUCUCGGAUCAGAAGCCUCCCAAGCCCAAAUCAAGCCCGUUCGGGUCUUUUUUGCCCUCCACCUCAAUAACCAAGGUUAUCCCGGCGCGCGUCAUGAUAAACUCCUCGUGAGCUACCAAAUCUUUUGAUUCUUCCUUGUGCGAAGCCUCAGCGUCAAUCUUCCACCUCAAUCCAAUCGCUCCAAGGCCCUCCGAUUCUCUUGAGCUUCUGCACCUCCGCCAGGAGCUAGGCCAUGGCGAACCAAGAGACUCACUAUGGCUUCGACGAAGGCGGAGAUGACGACCAGUCUAUUGUGUCGGUGUGUAGAUACCUACUCGAGUUCCAUUGUCUCUUGUCAUACGGACCGCACAUAGCUAACCUCAAUGCUUUGUUUCUUGGGUAGACGCGCGGACUCGAGGCUUUCAGUCGAAAGGUCACAACUACAGCUACUCAUUUGAUCGGUCCCAAUGCCGAAGCUACGGCUCAUCAUUACCAAACCGCGAUGGCCGAGGUGCACAAACAAAUGAAGCGGCCGACGGUCCAGCGAAGCAUGUUCGCGAUGGCCAGGACAACCCCAACCGACCUCAUGCGCUCCAGACUUUCAACGCACGAAAUCCAGCAUCGCGCUUUGACAUACCUUCCCGAUGAACUGCUUGCCAAUAUUCCUGAGCAUGACAAUCCUUACUCGCUGUUUCAGGGUUUCCAGGCCAGCUUCCCCGAGCUGACUGACGAGGGCAAAAAGUUCCAGCGACGAGUCACCCGCGGUCGCAAGAUGCUGGAAGAUUCAGAUGGGACCCCAGGAAGCCCCAAAAAAUUGACUCAAUUAAAAAAAGAGAAGGCUGCCAUGAUGCAUGAGUUUGGGCUGUUGGGUACUCGUAAGAGCAUGGCGAGCUACGAGAUUCGAGAAAUCGAUAACAAAAUCGCCAAUCUCCACGGCAUGCGAAGAAUUAUUCUGGACAGGCUCGCUGGGUUGGAACAGGAUGAAGCUAUGCUGGAGCACGACAGUAUGUGAUGUGCCAAAUACGUGAAAAGACUCUACUGACUUGACAAGUUUCCGAGAUGGAAAUCCGAGUUGAUGAGGCGCAGGCGCUGGUUGAUGAGGCGGAGGAAAUCGCACGAAACACACGAACCCAGGACGAGCAAGAUCUGGUUGGCGAUGCCGAUGACCACGAUCAAGAGUUCAUGUCCCAGUCAGUUUAUGAUAAGAUUCCCUCCUCAGAAGCAGGUAGCACGCCCCGGAAAACGAAAAAGGUCCAUCGUAAGAAGUCAAUGCCCAUUCUGCACGAGCAUUUCGAGCCUGGCACAGCCAUUCGCGAGCUCCGAGCACACAAGGACACGAUUACAGCUAUUGAUUUUGACGCCCCCUUUGGUACUAUGGUUACUGCUGCGCUGGAUGAUACAGUUCGCGUUUGGGAUCUCAACGCUGGUAGAUGCAUGGGUUAUUUGGAAGGACACACUGCUUCGGUACGCGCCUUACAGGUUGAGGAUAACAUUCUCGCAACGGGCUCUAUGGAUGCGACCAUUCGACUCUGGGACCUCAGUAAGGCGCACUACGACCCUCACGGCGGCUUGGGAAAAGACGACGAUGAGGAUGCUAUCGCUUUUGGAACGGAUAACCACCUUGAACCCCCACCUGGUAGCAUGGCUGAUUGCCCUCUGUACACAUUGGAAUCACAUGUCGACGAGAUCACAGCCCUUCACUUCAGAGGCGAUGUUAUGGUUUCCGGUUCUGCAGACAAGACGAUUCGCCAUUGGGAUCUUGAAAAGGGCCGUUGCGUGCAAACAUUAGACGUUAUGUGGGCGGCAGCAGCGAGUAUGACGACUACAGACAGCGGGUGGCGACCUACGGGGCGGUCUCAGAGCAGUUCAGCCGACUUCGUGGGUGCAUUGCAGGUCUUUGAGACGGCACUUGCUUGUGGUACCGCAGACGGCAUGGUGCGACUUUGGGAUCUUCGAAGCGGCCAGGUCCAUCGCAGUCUUGUUGGUCACACAGGUGCAGUUACGUGUCUCCAAUUCGACGACGUGCAUCUGGUGACGGGAAGUGUAGAUCGAAGCAUCAGAAUUUGGGACCUUAGAACAGGGUCUAUUUACGACGCAUAUGCAUACGACAAUCCAAUCACAGACAUGAUGUUUGACGCCCGAAGAAUCGUCAGUGCUGCUGGUGAGGACGUUGUCAAGGUGUACGAUAAGGUGGAGGGACGACAAUGGGAAUGCGGCGCCGGCAUCACGGCCGCUGAAGAGGGUAAGACUCCCGCCAUCGUGGAGCGUGUACGUGUAAGAGAUGGAUAUCUUGUUGAAGGCAGACGAGAUGGUGUCGUGGGAGUAUGGACGAGCUAAGAUAUACGCGUGUAAUCUGUAAAAGAAAUAAUGAAAUCCACUCAUGAUGACUUGAAUCAUGAGCAGCGCUUUGAUCGUCCAGUUUGUGGCUUUAUAAACAGAGUAUGGCCGGAAAUUGCUGGAAUAGUUCACUAUACAAAAAUAGACGCUGGGCUCGAUGUUAAUUACUUGAUCAAGAUGCUCUAGUAGAUCAUGUUGACGAACAUUGUGUGUGAA